GUAGAAUUGUAUUUCAGACGGUCUUUUAGUAUAAUCUAUCUAGGUAUGUAGCACUUUUACAGAACUUAAUACCUAAACACAUUCCGCUCUUGGUCCAAUUAUUCCCUUGAUAAACCCAAACAGUAGUCUCCGUUUUUGAAGAGAAAAAAAUUUCUGACGGCAGGCUCUUCCGUAGCAUCAAUGUUAAUAUAGCUUUCCCCGUCGGACUGAUUUCUGUUUCAAUAAUGAUUAUCCAUAACUACAUCAUGUUUAUUGAGCGUCUCGUUUCUUAUACAGUUUGACCACCUUUUAUUUUCGGACACACCAAGUCCACGAUAUACAAACACAACUAGAAGUUUGAGGAAUAGAUUUUCUUGAAUAAAUUUUUAUUUACGAACGGUUUUUUCGUUCUACAGAGGGUGACAGACAUUUUACCGAAUGGAACCUGCCAAAACACACCCAGAAUCUAUUAUAGACGAAACUAGCACCCAUUACUCGGUAAGAAACGAGGCAACUUCGUCCAUAUCAUACAUACGGAAAGACCUCUGUCAAUCAAGACUUGUCGAGGAAUGGAAAUCUAAACAGCUGGCCAAACGUAGGUUGUCUCAGCUUGCAGAAUUGCCUACGGAAAAAGAUGAUGGGUCAAUGGAUAUUUCCGGAGACGCAAAACGGUUACGUUCAGAUGUCGAAAAUGAAGCAGAGCUAAAAGAGUCUGUCUUUGAAAAGCUAUUUGGGUUUCCGGUUAAAACUCCAAAUAUCCUUCUUCCUACAAAUAAGGAAAGCGUGCACGAUAUCCUUGUCCCGAUGACAUCUCUUCAGAAAAAAAUGAUGCACAGACUCGUCCAGUAUUUUGCAUUCUGUAUCGACUACUUUUGUACGGGUCCCAGUGAUGACAGAGUUCUCGAGCGAAUCCUACCGUUUUUAAAGUAUGCACACGACAUCGCACAUCACCCAGUCUUGUAUGAACAAGACAGACUGCAAUCCACAUCGGAAUCGCGCGAGCUUUCUCGGCAAUUUGAAUCUUCAUAUAAAUUUGAAUUUUUACAAGUUCUAUUAAACAACUUGGAGAUUUAUGGAAAAAGAUUGCUCAUCGUUGUUUAUAACGAAACGGUCGUUCAACUUUUGGUUACAUAUCUUCAGCAAAAUGCUAUCGAAGCUGAAAUUUGGAAACCCGAAACUGCAAACUCAACUCCUUCUCUCACUCAAGCUCCUACCGUUUACAUUUGCACACCCUCAGAUUUGGAGAAACAUUCAAUGCCAAACGUUGACGGGAUCAUUCUUUUUGAUAUGAUUUCCUUCUACACGGCAAAUUUGUCCUGGAACACCCGUAACAUCCCAGUUGUCCGUUUAAUCCAGGAGAAUUCCAUUGAACAUGUUCUCAAGUUUUUUGAUAAUGUAGCGGAUCCUACUCAUUUUAUCAAUUGUGUGGGCAUUACUGCUUCUCUCAACUCGAGUCCAGAGGAAAUGUCUGCUGCUCAUACUGAACAGGCAUCAAAUGUGAACUUUUAUAAACAAAGCACUGCAAGGUCCAUUUCUGAUGCAGAAAAGGUCACAGAAGAUGCUUACAAGCUUGCAACCUAUUUUCGAAAUCCAAAGAUAACUACUUGGCCAUUGGACAGUAUUCCUGAUUUAAGAGCUCUCACAAUCGCGACGGCAUCCUCAAAUGUUGCAAUGGAGACCCCUAUUAACUCAUCCUCGACACUCGAAGAACGCUUGCGUUCUGGAGGAGGAACUAUUACUAAUGAUUAUCCUAGUGUCAUGAGAAUUUCCUCAACAGAAGAACAAAGAGAAUCUGCUGGAGACAAUGUUGAAUUUGAUGCACUCUCCACCGAUUUUGAAAAUAACCUGACUGUCUCGUAUCUUCAAAAACGACUUCAAAUGAUUCAAUCAGAAUUACGAGAAGUCACUCUCGUUAAAAACGAUAAACAAGCGGAAUUGGAGAGCAUGGAGCAACAACUCUCAAAGCAAAUUGAUUUAAUGCAAGAAUAUCGAGAGCAAAUGCGCUUGUUAAAGAUUGAAAAUGCCGAGUUAAAAAAGAAAGAGGAAACUACACGGCAAAAGAACACGGAAUUAAGUGACAAAAAUGUAGAGCUGGAAAAAAAUGUAUCCACACUUGACCAGCAACUCCAAAUCGGUUUCCGUUGGCUGCAGGACGUACCGCUGUCAGACGCACAACAAGAACUGAAACAAGCUAGAGAACACAACGUGAAGCUUGAACAUCUACUUAAAACACAACGUGAAGAUCUUAACUUUAUCACAGAGCAAUACCAAACGGCUUCAACUUCCGCUUCUGAAGAACGGCAAGAAAUUAAUACUCUUCAACGCGAAUGCGACAAAUUACGACAACAAAACACUGAAGGCUUUAAGCUCAUUCAAGAUUAUAGGGACACUCAAAUUGAAAGCUUGUUGAAAAGGAUAAACGAAUUAGAAAUUGUUAACGCUAUGCUGCGACAGCAACAAAAACAUUAUACAAAACCCACUGCAACUCAAGAAUUGCAGGACACUUCCAUGAACGACACAUCUACUGAUAAUGAUGAAGAAAUGAAGGAUGCUGAAGCAGCAGCAGCUUUACUCAUGAAGCAUUGAAUUACAUUGUUUAGAACUUAACCAAAAAAUUAGAUUACUGUGCUCCCUACAACAUGUUCGCCCUGUAAACACCUGAACAUUAUCUUCUCCGUUCAUAUUCAUUCACUAGAGUGCUGUAUUUUUGUGGCUAUAAAGUACAACAAAAUUAAAUUACAGUAUUAUGAUGUCGAU